UUCCAAAUCCCAAAACCUAAACAAUAUUCACAUGGCGUGAACCGUGGAUAGCAAGUAGCACGCUCCUGUUUGACUAGCACUAAAAUACUUCGUGCGUGGAUAGCCACGGCGCGGGCAGAGCGCAGAGCCUGAGCACCACCUAGCCCGCCGGUCCUUCUCGCCAGUCGCCACACCCGGCGAGCGGCGAGUCCAGCUCCUGAUCAAGACCUUGCUAGUUGCUCCUGAUCGCGCCAUGGACGCCGGAUCGGCAUCCUCGUCGCUGCGCAUAGUGGUCGUCCCGUGGCUCGCGUUCGGCCACCUGCUCCCGUACCUGGAGCUCUCCGAGCGACUCGCCGAGCGCGGCCACCGCGUGUCCUACGUCUCCACGCCGCGCAACCUCGCGCGCCUCCCACCGCUGCGCCCCGCCACGGCCCCGCGCGUGGACCUCGUCGCGCUCCCGCUGCCCCGCGUCGACGGCCUACCCGGCGGCGCCGAGUCCACCAACGACGUCCCCGACCAGCAGCGGGAGCUCCACUGGAAGGCCUUCGACGGCCUCGCCGCGCACUUCGCGGAGUUCAUGGCCGCCGCGUGCGCCGACGAGGCCACCAGGCCUCACUGGGUCAUCGCCGACUGCUUCCACCACUGGGUCGCCGCCUCCGCCGUCGAGCACAAGGUGCCAUGCGCGAUGCUUCUCCCGACUGCUGCUGUGAUCGCUGCCGCACAGCCCCCGUCGACGGAGCAAAGUGAAGCGCGCGCCGAAACCCGCCCUCGUUACGAGCAGGAGGACAUGGCUCCCAUGUUCGACGACCAAGGCGCAUCGGGUAUGUCCCUCGCCCAGCGCUGGCAGUUGACCAAAGAGAGGUCCGCGCUCGGGGUCAUCCGGAGCUGCGUCGAGUGGGAGCCCGAGUCCUUCCCGCUGGUGCCAACUCUCCUCGACAUGCCGGUCGUGCCACUCGGCCUUCUGCCGCCGUCACCCGACGGAGGCCGUCGUGCCGGCGGCGCCAACGAAUCAUCAGAGCACGCCACCGUGCGCUGGCUGGACGCGCAGCGGCCCGGCUCGGUGGUGUACGUGGCGCUGGGGAGCGAAGUGCCGCUGCCCCUGGAGCAGGUGCACGAGCUGGCCCUUGGGCUGGAGCUCGCCGGGACGCGCUUCCUUUGGGCUCUCCGGAAGCCCAGUGGCGCCGCCGUCCUGGAUGACGGCGCCGACAUGCUUCCUCCCGGUUUCCAACAGCGCACUCGUGACCAGGGGCUGGUGACCACGGGCUGGGUUCCCCAGAUGAGCAUCCUGGCGCACGCCGCCGUGGGCGGGUUCUUGACGCAUUGCGGCCGGAAUUCGCUGAUCGAGGGCCUCCUGUUCGGUCACCCUCUCGUCAUGCUGCCCAUCUUCGGCGACCAAGGCCCGAAUGCACGCCAAAUGGAGGUGAAGAAGGUGGGGUUGCAGGUGGCGAGGGACGAGAGCGAUGGGUCGUUCGACCGCCAUGGCGUCUCGAGCGCGGUCCGGGCUGUGAUGGUUGACGGAGAGGCCAGGAGGAACUUCGUGGCAGGUGCAGCGAAGAUGCAGGUAGUCGUAGCUAAUUCGGAACGGCAGGAACGGUACAUCGACGAGUUUGUUCAUCACCUUAGAUCUCACGGCGCCGCCAUUGCAACUGAUGGCAAAGCCACUACAGCCGCUACUUCGUGAACAGUAAGGGGAAUUUUUGGGUUUGAUACUUUCAUGCAUGUUUGCUUUUCUACAGCUACUGUAUUUUUAGUUUUUCACUGAAGGGAUGAAACACUGAAACUGUAGCACAUGUGAUGUAUAUUUUCGCUCAGAAUUGUAGAAACGAAUUUUGCUAAAUCUCAGUCGACUGACAAGUUUCAGUCGAUGUUAUAUUCAUCGGAUCUUAUGUGAAGAUCCAUGAAAAAAGUUCUUUUUAUUUUUUAUUUACAUGUUAUGCCACUUGAUUUAGACUUGGUCGACUAAAACUUA